CCGCCCCGCGCCGUGCGCGGUGACGUCAGGCCCCUGCUCGGAGGCGAGGAGACCCCGCAGAGCUGCCAACGCCCGGUGCGGACGAGGUUCUUAUUGGCCUGGAUAGACUAACCAACUCCAGCUAUGCAGACAAUUAAGUGUGUGGUCGUGGGUGAUGGUGCUGUUGGUAAAACAUGUCUCUUAAUUUCUUAUACAACAAACAAAUUUCCAUCGGAAUAUGUACCAACGGUGUUUGAUAACUAUGCUGUUACAGUGAUGAUUGGUGGGGAGCCAUACACCCUAGGCCUGUUUGAUACAGCAGGACAAGAAGAUUAUGAUAGAUUACGACCCCUCAGCUAUCCACAGACAGAUGUGUUUCUGGUCUGUUUUUCAGUGGUUUCUCCCUCUUCAUUUGAAAAUGUGAAAGAAAAGUGGGUACCUGAAAUUACUCAUCAUUGUCCAAAGACUCCUUUCCUGCUUGUUGGGACCCAGAUUGAUCUCAGAGAUGAUCCCUCAACAAUUGAGAAACUUGCCAAGAACAAGCAGAAGCCUAUAACUCCAGAGACUGCUGAAAAGUUGGCCCGGGACCUGAAAGCUGUCAAAUAUGUGGAGUGUUCUGCACUCACGCAGAAAGGCCUAAAGAAUGUAUUUGACGAGGCGAUAUUGGCUGCCCUGGAGCCUCCGGAGCCGAAGAAGAGUCGCAGGUGUGUGCUGCUAUGAACAUCCCUCCGCAGUCCCUUCUGCAAAGCUGGUGUUUGAUGUCAUACUAAAAGCAAUGUUUAAAUCAGACUAAGGAUACAAAUUUUAAAACAUGGUUAUUUGGGGGGUUGUUUUUUGCGCAAUAAUGACAAAUGCCCUGCACUCCCAUCUCCCCCACACGUUCCCUGUGUGAGAUGAGAAUGUUAGUGUUCAUUCCCGGUGCCCCUUCCAAUUCAGUUAAAGACUAGUUAAUUUUGAGUAAUUAUGUAUUAUCAGAAAACACUGAUCAGUACUAGGUCUUUGUUUUGUUUUGUUUACUGUUUCUAAUUUUUGUUUAAAGUCCAGGCAUGCUUGUGACUUGUUCUGUAACAGACUAAUUCUGGGCAGUCUUACUGAAGCCUUGUCCCUUACGCCAAGUUGGCAAGACUUCUUUGAUUCUUUGAGCUUCUGAGGCUGUGCUGUGGUUGGUUGAGCAUGGCAGCCUGGGUAUGAGCAUAUUUUGGUCCUCCAAACUGGUUCGGGAAACUAAGAAGUCCCAAGCUGGUGCUUCUCUAAAGAGGGGUGUAGAGCACUUAUCUGCAUCUCCUCUCAAGUUGCCUUGUAUCUCUUCCCUCACUCUUCUCUGAGAAGGUCAGAAGUUUCCACCCUGUCCUUUCUAGUUUGUGAAACCUUUGGAAUAAAUUAACUGCUGCUUUACUUCUGGAUGCACCAUUAGACUUCAAACCUGGUUUGCCACAUGUGGCUCAAUCUUCACAUGUGGGAUGUCAUCACGAUAAGAAAUAAUUGUACCUUUUUAAGCAUGUCCAGCUGAUUUUCAGUUGGUUUUUAACAAAUGAUCUUUUGCCAACCAGUACAUUUUAAGAAUGAGCUUACAGCUACCAGCAUAUAUGGUGUUGCUGAGACACUUCCAUACAGAGCCUCUGGGAGUUGGAGGUGGUGCUGAUGGGUGCAUACCUUACAGAAUGAUUAAGCAUCCUUUUAGGAGGGGUGGAAAGAGAGACCUUUGGUAGGAAAGAAUUGUGGGGGAGGGAUCUCUAGUAUUUAGUGUGGCACCAUAGGGACCAGUUAAGGGAAUCCCCUUUACCUGCAUUGUGCUUGUAAGUAACCCUGGAGCCUGUAAAGAGCGUUCCAGUCUAAUGAUCACAUGUCGGAUCUUUAUGUAGACGCCAAUGUUCAUAGGGAUUUUACCAAAACUAUAUUUUGGCUUGCAGAAAUCAAAUUUUUUAAUACUUGGGGAAUCUUCUCCAUCUUCCCCAAACUCCUAAUUCUUGUAGACUCACUAGUGUUGAACCAAUGCUUUUUCAUGUCUAAGUUCUUUGUAUAUGCAUUCUUUUCAGAUGUAUUAAACAUAAAAUAUCUUCACAAGCCU